CAAAGGGUACGUACACACAAUCUUCUUCAAUCGACCUUUCUGUGUCAUUCGAAAGAAUUCCAAAUCUUGAACCAAAAAUAUGCGUCUGCAAAACUUCCUGAAAACCCUCAAAACCGUUAAAAGAAGCCACCGUCCAAACCUAUCCCCUAAACCCAACCAAGCAAUAACAGAAAUCAUCUCCAAAACCCUAAACCCCUCAGCUCCCAACGCCUUCCUCUCCAAUCUCAACCCCACCACGCUUCUCCAUAUUCUCACAGACCCAGAUCUUAAAUCCUCGAAAUGCUUGCGUUUCUUCGACUUUCUCCUUCAAAAUCAAUCUCUCAUAUCCUUCAAGCCUGACCUGGAAUCCCACUUGACCCUAAUUUGCCGGCUUCUUAGGGAGAGAAGGUUUUCGGAUGCUGAGAAAACUAUCAAAUCUGUCUCGGUUGGCGAAAAUUCCAGGUACCCAUUCUCUGUUCUUGCUCCUGCAGUUGGGAAUUGCUGCAAUGAUCCAAAAGUCAUGGCAAAGUUUUUCAAUUCUAUGCUUAAGGUUUAUUCUGAUUGUAAAAUGCUCGGCGGAGUUUCGGAAGUUUUCGAUUAUAUGAAAAACAAUGGAAUUGGGAUCGAUGAGAAGACUUGUACCGUACAUUUACUUGCCCUUAGAAGUUCCGAUAAUGUACAAUUGGGUUUGGACUUCUUCUAUCGAAUGGUAGAGUCGGGUAUUGAGGUUUCUGUGUAUUCUUUGACAGCGGUGGUGGAUGGGCUGUGCAGGAGUGGAAAUGUCAAGAGGGGGAGGGAGUUGGUGGAGGAGAUGAGUGGUGGAGGAAUUAAACCCAAUGUUGUUACUUUCAAUGUAAUGGUAGAUUCUUGUGCUAAGAGAUGGAAUCUUGAGGAGUUGGAUAUGGUUUUGCUUUUGAUGGAGAAGGAAGGGGUGGCAUUCAAUGAUCACACAUACAAAAGUUUGGUCGAUGGGUUCACGAGUUGUGGCAAGGUCGACGAAGCCAAAAGGUUGGUUUUGGAGAUGCAUGAUAAAGGUUUAAAAGUGGAUACGUAUUUGUACAAUUUGAUAAUUAAUGGGUAUUGUAGAUUGGGGUCUAUGGACGGUGCAAUUUACCUGUUCGAUGAAAUGACCCACAGAAGUGCUUUUCCUAAUGCUGAUACGUACUGGGCUCUGAUAAGUGGUCUUUGCAAGGCUGGAGAAAUGGGGCUGGCAAUGGCAUACAUGAAUGAGAUGCAGACCAAAGGGAUAGAACUAGACGACAUCAUGUUUAAUACGUUGAUUGAUGACUUUUGCAACAUAGGGAUGGUCGUUCAAGCAUUUGAGUUGCAAGUUUUGAUGGAGAAGAAAGGAUUAAUUGCUGAUUUAACUGUGUGUGGGAAGAUAGUGAGUGGGUUAUGUACGUUGAAUCGGGCCGAGGAAGCAAAGAGGCUACUGAACUUGAUGGUUAAAAGGGGUGCAACCCCCGAAAUUGCGAGAUUCACUACUUGAAUUGAUAUUGAAGAUAGACAUCUUUGCGCAAUGGAGGAUUUUUUUUAGAAGCAUAUCCUUAUGGGGAGAUGGGGGAUAAUUUUCCUUGAAUAAGUAAUGCUAUGCGUCUUAUCACCCCAAAGCUUAUUUGGCGUGGUCCACAUCACGCUAUAUAAGCUUUGAGUAAUGUUUUUUGCACAACUCUCACACAAUUUUUACAUAAUUCUAACAAUUUUUUUUUUAAUUUUUUAUUUUUAUGAUCAACUAUUGGAUUUGUUUUCC